UUUCCACGUUGCACAAUGUUGGUAGGACCCUUAGUCCGGCGCUUCCCGUGGUUCGAAGGGCCGCUGUCAGGUAUUACUUGCGGUCGCAGUCGUCUCCCUGUUUUAAGAAGACUUGGAGCCUUUGAAACGCGUUCUUUAAGAAGAGUUCCCUUUAGAUGUUUUUCUGAAACACCAGCAUACUUUGCUUCAAAGGAUGGUGAAAGCAAAGAUGGCUCUGGGGACGGCAAUAAGAAAUCUGUCAGUGAGGGAGGCAGCAAGAAGUCAGGUUCUGGAAACUCUGGGAAAGGAGGAAACCAGCUGCGCUGCCCGAAGUGUGGUGACCUGUGCACGCAUGUGGAAACCUUUGUGUCUUCCACUCGUUUUGUGAAGUGUGAAAAAUGUCACCAUUUUUUCGUUGUGCUGUCGGAGGCAGACUCCAAAAAGAGCAUAAUUAAAGAGCCGGACUCGGCAGCAGAAGCUGUGAAGUUGGCAUUCCAGCAAAAGCCGCCACCUCCACCGAAAAAAAUUUAUAACUACCUCGACAAGUAUGUUGUUGGGCAGUCAUUUGCCAAGAAAGUGCUUUCAGUUGCUGUGUAUAAUCAUUACAAAAGAAUCUACAACAAUAUUCCUGCUAACCUGAGACAGCAAGUGGAAGUUGAAAAGCAAGCUUCUUUAACACCUAGAGAAUUAGAAAUAAGAAGACGGGAGGAUGAGUACAGAUUUACAAAACUGCUGCAGAUUGCUGGGAUCAGUCCACAUGGUAAUGCUUUAGGAGCAUCAAUGCAACAGCAAGUGAAUCAGCAGAUGCCUCAGGAGAAACGUGGAGGCGAAGUACUAGAUUCACCCCAUGAUGACAUAAAGCUUGAAAAAAGUAAUAUUUUGCUGCUUGGACCAACUGGGUCAGGCAAAACCCUGCUGGCUCAGACCUUAGCUAAAUGCCUUGAUGUACCUUUCGCUAUCUGUGAUUGUACCACCUUGACUCAAGCUGGCUACGUUGGUGAAGACAUUGAGUCCGUCAUUGCAAAGCUACUGCAAGAUGCCAACUAUAAUGUAGAAAAAGCCCAGCAAGGAAUUGUUUUUCUGGAUGAAGUAGAUAAGAUUGGCAGUGUGCCAGGCAUUCAUCAGUUACGGGAUGUAGGAGGAGAAGGCGUUCAGCAAGGCUUGUUAAAGUUACUAGAAGGUACAAUCGUAAAUGUUCCAGAAAAGAAUUCUCGUAAGCUGCGUGGUGAAACGGUGCAGGUUGAUACAACGAACGUCCUCUUUGUAGCUUCUGGUGCUUUUAACGGUCUGGACAGAAUUAUCAGCAGGAGAAAAAAUGAAAAGUAUCUUGGUUUUGGGACACCCUCUAAUUUGGGGAAGGGCAGAAGGGCUGCAGCAGCAGCUGACCUUGCUAACAUAAGUGGGGAGACAGACACACAACAAGACAUUGAAGAAAAGGAUCGCCUGUUGCGCCAUGUUGAAGCUCGAGAUCUCAUUGAAUUUGGCAUGAUUCCAGAGUUUGUGGGACGUUUGCCCGUGGUGGUUCCUUUGCACAGCCUAGAUGAAAAAACACUCGUGCGGAUUCUUACUGAGCCACGAAAUGCGGUGGUUCCUCAGUACCAGGCAUUAUUCAGCAUGGAUAAGUGUGAAUUAAAUGUGACUGAAGAUGCACUGAAAGCCAUAGCCAGACUGGCUCUGGACAGGAAGACUGGUGCAAGAGGCCUUCGAUCUAUAAUGGAGAAGUUGUUGUUGGAGCCCAUGUUCGAAGUACCGAAUUCUGAUAUUGUGUGUGUGGAGGUCGACAAAGAUGUUGUAGAAGGCAAAAAAGAGCCAGGAUACAUUAGGGCUCUGACUAAAGAUUCAUCCGAGGAAGAGUAUGACUCCGGAGUUGAAGAGGAAGGCUGGCCUCGUCAAGCGGACGCUGCAAACAAUUAAGUACUGUCAAAAGGCUCUCCUGCAUAAAGCACACUUGGUUAUUACAAGAUCAUACUGGGCUUUACAUUCUGACACUAAAGGCGUUGGAUCUAUCCAGCAUAUGAUACAUGGUCAAAAAACUUGCAGUUAAAAAAAAUCAGAUCAUGUAUUUAUUGUAUCAUCACAUUGAUUUUUCUUCACUGGACAUUAUUUGGACUUUGGUGGCAUAAUGUCAAGUAUAAAUUGUACGUUAUUUUUGUUCAGUUAAAAAAAAAAAAAAAAUGGUCUAACAAGCUUGGCAACACCUGGGUUGUUUUCUGGAACUAAACCCAAUGCAGGUAUUGCCAACAGCUAAAAAACUUUUAUGGUAAUAUUACUCUACAAAUGGGAAAACAAGCUUAAUAUUAACUAGAGGAUAGAUAAACUAUGAAUUUGUCUUAUAAUUCACUUGGGUUAAGUUCAGGUCAGUGUUAAGUUUCUGUUCAUUUUCAGAACCAAAUGGGUGCUGGAGGGAUUUGUUACGUUUGUCUUGAGACAUGCCCUAAACUGGAUUUUCCAAACCUCAGAUACUGCUUUAUGACCCUUUUCUGCAAGUCUGCUAAAACGUAACACAUUUACAAUAAUUGGAUACGAUAUCUAAUGCCAUUUCCUAACUUCUUUACCUUGCCAUUAGCUAUAGGUUUAACAGAGCCUCUGGAAUACUGAGAGCCGGUGAAACCUGCUGGAUUUGUGGAGGACGGUGAAGAUAUAAAGGCAGUGGGAUAUACCAUGUUGGCAUAACGUUUUAAAAUAUUUAUGUUCUAAUACAUGCAUUUUGUUCGAAUUAUCGGAACUAUUGUGCAUCAAUUUUUUGGUGCCAGAUAUUUGCCCAACCUUAUCUUCUUAUAACAUUAAGAGAUGAAGACAGUAAAGUUAUUGUAUAAUAAUUUUGAUGUAAUCAAUAGUGACUGUAUACAUGACCAUGCUUUUUUAAAGUUACAUGCUUAAAUGCUGGUGUUGCAUCUUGUGUUUUUGUCUCUUGAUUUUUAGAUUUGCUGCAAAGCAAAGACCCUUGAUUUCUGUUUUACACCCAAAUAAAUUUAAUAAUCCUUUAGGAAAGUGUUUGUGAAAACUCUAAAGGACUUGUAUGGCUUUUGAUUCAUUUAAAAAAUUAAAAUGGAUAUCUACAA